AUGACUGGAAAGGAUAAUGGAAUGACUGGAAAGGAUAAUGCACGACUAACAAAGGCCGCCGCCGCCGCCGCCGCCGCCGCCGCCGCCGCCGCCGCCGCCGCCGCCGCCGCCGCCGCCGCCGCCGCCGCCGCCGCCGCCGCCGCCGCCGCCGCCGCCGCCGCCGCCGCCGCCGCCGCCGCCGCCGCCGCCGCCGCCGCCGCCGCCGCCGCCGCCGCCGCCGCCGCCGCCGCCGCCGCCGCCGCCGCCGCCGCCGCCGCCGCCGCCGCCGCCGCCGCCGCCGCCGCCGCCGCCGCCGCCGCCGCCGCCGCCUGUGAAUGUGCGGGCGGCGUGCAGGUGUGA